AUGGACGACGCCUUGAGCAAAGAGAAUUUGAGGCAGAAUUUUCUGAUUAUAGCAGCUGGAGAGGCCUUGAAUGUGUCAGAUAAUACGAGCAUUGUGGGGGAAAAUACUCCAGAUGAAAGCAAGCGUUUGGAGACCAAGAAACAGGAGACGGAGAGAGAACAACAGGGUGUAAAAUCGAAAAAAGUUGGAGGUUUCGUUUCAAGAUUUAGGGAUACAAAAGAAGUUGAGAAUUCUGUGGCAUGCGAAGUAGAUAAAAAACUAAAAACUGCUAAGCAAAAACGCAGGAAAUUAGAUAAAGAAAAAAGGGAACUGAAUAAAGACCUUGAAGCUGGAGGAGUUAAGAUUGAUGAUGGCAGGAGUGGUAAUAAAAAGAAAAAAAAGUUUGGUGAAAAUGAAAAUAGUGGUAGAGGAAAUACCGAAAAAGAUGGGGCCACAGAGGUUGGAAAGUGCAUUGAAAGUGGUGAAAACAAAGAUGGUACUUUGGGAGAUGUUGAUGCGAGUUUCGAAAAGGUGAAACAGGGGAAAAGAAAACUGGAUAGUAAUGAAAAUCGACAAAAAAUGAAGAGAGGUAAAAAGAAAAGAGUUGAAACGGAAAUUGAUACUGAAACGAAAGAGAAAGUCAAGGUAUUCGAGGAAAGUGAAGAUGCUUUGGGUUCAGUGAAACAAAUGUUGUCUAGUGAAGAAGCGAAAAAACUAUCCGAAAAAAUUGCUAAGGGAGGAUUAAAUGCAAAAGAUAAGAAAACAAAGAAAAAGAAACUGAAAAUUGAAGAAAAUUCAAAACGGAAAGAAAAGGGUGUUAAGAAGGCAAAAACUCAUGUUGAUAAACGGUCUGGGGUCGUUUCUGUAGAAAUAGUUAGGCCUGUUUCAAGGAAGAUGAAAACAAAUGUCGUCAUAGAUACUAAGGGGAAUUACGAUUUCGGUGCAGGAGAAAGCGAGGGGUGGUAG